GUUGUGGUGUUUCUGGAUAACAGGGCAAAACAUUUCACAUCUCUUUUUGGUAUUGUUGACUAUGGACUAAGCUUUGAAAAGAUUAUAUUUCAAAGACCUGGAGAGCUUUCAAAUUUUAGCUCAGGGUCAAUUCAUGCAAUUGUGUUUGAGGUAGAUGAUAGAGAGACUAUUGGGGGCUCAGCCUAUGGGGGUCAAAGAGCUGUAUGCUGCACGGCAGAUCUUGCAAAACUUGGAGUCUGUACACAAGGACAAAUCAUUCACCGCCCAUCUGCUAAUAAUCGAGGUUGGCCUCAAGUAUUUGGUGUAUCAUUCGAUGUUGAUAAGGUGGAGACUAUUCUGCCACCAAGAUUAAUACAGAUUACAAAAUCUGGGAUGUACAAUCUGUAUUUUAUUCAUUGCGAUCCAAAUCUCAAAGAGGUUGUUGUCAAGGGGAAAACCAUCUGGAAAAAUCCUACUGGUUACCUACCUGGUAGAAUGGCACCGCUUAUGAACUUCUAUGGGUUCAUGUCUCUUGGAUUUGUGGUUCUGGGGAUCUUCUGGUUUUCACAGUAUGCAAGAUACUGGCAAGAAGUUAUUCCAUUGCAAAACUGUGUGACACUUGUAAUAACAUUGGGAAUGUUUGAGAUGGCAUUGUGGUAUUUUGAUUAUGCUGAGUUCAAUGAAACUGGAGUCAGACCAACUGGCAUCACUGUAUGGGCAGUCACCUUUGGAACUGUGAAACGCACUGUUUCCUGGCUGAUCAUCCUGAUGGUUUCUAUGGGUUAUGGUGUUGUUAGACCUACAUUAGGUGGUCUUACAUCAAAAGUUCUUAUGCUUGGGGCAACCUUUUUUGUUGCAUCUGAAGUGCUUGAGCUAGUCGAAAAUGUUGGUGCCAUAAGCGAUCUCUCAGGAAAGGCUAGACUGUUUUUCGUGCUUCCUGUGGCUAUUUUGGAUGCUUUCUUCAUUCUUUGGAUAUUCACCUCCCUCUCUUCAACCUUGAAUAAGCUUCAGGCUAGACGAAUGCUAGCCAAACUAGAUAUUUACAGAAAGUUCACAAAUGCAUUAGCUGUUGCUGUUGUUGUGUCUGUGGGCUGGAUUUGCUAUGAGCUUUAUUUCAAGUCAAAUGACAUAUACAAUGAGCAAUGGCAGAUCGCUUGGAUCAUUCCUGCCUUCUGGCAAGUCUUGUCUUUCUCCCUCCUGUGUGUCAUCUGUGCUCUUUGGGCUCCAUCUCAAAACUCAAUGCGAUAUGCUUACUCCGACGAUGCAAGUGAAGAGUUUGACAAAGAAGAUUCUUUAACACUCAUUAAACCAUCCCUACUGACCUCAAAAGAUCUUAGGAGUCCUUCUGAACUCAGAUCAGCAGAAAGUGGCAAUGUUUUAUCCCAUGGAGAUCCUGAGGAAGACAAGACUGAGUAA